UUGGCUCGCUCGAUCAAAACCUCGCGAUCCGUCGCAUAGUAUGGAAGUGUUUUGCGCGCUGAAAAUUUCGAUUUGUCGCCGAUUUUUUCGAAAAUCUCCCCAGUUCUAACCGGAAUACAGACUUUUUCUGACUUAGACUCGCCUCUUUCACCGCGUUUUCACAUCGACAUUGACUGAAAAACCCGACAAAAUGUGGUGUCUUAUCAGCCAAGCCAACUCUGUGGUGCUUGAAGUUAGGGUUGAUCUCAAGUCCAUUGGACAAGAAUGCCUAGAGAAGAUAUGCAACAACCUGGGAAUUGCCAACGAAUCGGACUAUUUCGGGUUGAAGUACGAGAAUGCCAAAGGCGAAGAACUAUGGCUAAACCUGAGGAAUCCCAUAGAUAGGCAGGUGAAUUGCCAUGGACAUACUUCGCCCUUAAGACUGGCCCUGCGGGUGAAAUUCUGGGUUCCACCGCAUCUGCUGCUGCAGGAAAACACCCGACAUCAGUUUUUCCUUCAUGCCAAAUCAGACCUUAUUGAGAAGCGACUUUUGACUAACGACUGGGACAGUGCGUGCAGAGUUGUAGCUCUGAUUGCUCAAGCUGACUCUGAAGACUAUGAUUCUUUGCAUCCUCCUCAUAGUCUGUAUGAACAGGCAUCGACCGUUAGCAGCGACUGCCAAACUCCCAAGCCCACCGAUCUUCUCCAACGGAUUAUUGGAGAGCACAAGAAGCUGAAGGGUAUGAAAAGAUCCACUGCCGAGUAUUGGCUGCUGAAGGAAAUAUCCGACUUUGAGUCCUUCGGGGAGGAACUUUUCACGAAAACCACCGCCAAUAUAUACCUAGGCGUCGGACCUCAUGGAAUAACGAUUUAUGAUAAAUCCAGCCUGGAAAAAGAGCUCAUUUCCUUUACAAACAUCGUAAGCGCUUCGUCCCAUCGGAGAACCUUCAAGCUGGAGUAUUUUUCAUGCGAGAAUAAGGAAGCGCUCUUGGAAGUCAAACUAGACUCCAGCCACAAUGCCAGCAGUCUCUAUCGGGCCAUUACGGAAAAACAUGCAUUUUAUAGUUGCGAAACAGUUCGAAGUGCUGUAACAGCCCAGUUCAUCAGAGACUUGAAAGGCACCAUAGUUUCGAUUUUCAACGAAGAUUCCACGCUGGGAAAGAAAUAUGUGUUCGACAUUAGACGGACUUGUCGGGAAGUGUAUGACAACGCACGUCGCGCCAUUUACCAGGAAAGUCAAGCCAGAUUAGCCCUGGAAGCCGAAAAUCCUCGCUUAUGCGGUUAUGGCUGUGAUGGAGAACAUUGCAAAGACUCCGAAAAGCUGAACAGAAUUAUCGAAGCAUUGACCUGUAAAAUUUGCAUGGACAAUCGGUUGGAUUCGGUGUUUAUGCCAUGCGCGCAUGUUGUGGCUUGCUCGACGUGCGCGGCUCGAAUCGAACGUUGUCCACUCUGUAGGAGUGAAAUUACCGAGUCGCGCAAGCUCUACAUGCCGUCCUGGUAGUUUCAUCGAGGAGUUUUCGAUAAGUUUCCGCAUGGUUUUGAUCUCGACUCUACCUAAUCUAGUAUUUUAGUGAGCAUUGACUUCGGUUCGUUCGAUGUAAAUUGACGAUCUGAAGGAAAUACGGGAAUUUGCGUAGUCGCAACUUUGGUCUCACAUUGAGAUUUUUGUUAUUUUUACUGUGUAAAACUUUCAACUGUACUGAUUCUGGCUCCUUCGUUCUUUCCCAGUUUUCUUUGGGUUUGCCAGACUUUUCAGUUUUUAAGCGAAUGGGGCCAAAAACUGUUUUGACAAUAUAGAUACUUAAAUAACUGCUCUUCAAGCACAUUAUUUAGUCAGUAAUCGAUGCAAGCAAAUAGGCAUAUAUGUGCAAAGUGUGUUUACUAGAGUAGAACAUAUAACAUAAAUGUUCAAUAGGUUACUUCUACUAGACCAUAAAAUAGCAUAUUUUGUACUAUUCUAAGCUACUCUUGAAUGUGGGGUGUGCAUUUCGAAUAUCGAAAGUACGCCCCCAACCCCCAUCUGUGUUAGUAGGUUAAAUUUAUUUUGUGAUACCCCAAUGCAUUCAUAGUGUUAGUUUACGUUACGUAUGUAACUUUGAUUAUUAUAGACUUUUUUACCGACGCUUCGUGCCGACCGAGUCGGCAUUCAUUUUGUUCGAAACGUUUUACCAAUAAAAUACUUAAUAAAA